UUGGGGGUGAUGAACAAAUGAGUCACAAUGUGAAGUAUUGCAUCAUUCUGUUCCACCUUUGACUACUGAGAAAACGUCAUGAACGGCAAGAACGUACAGCAAAGAGAAGGAGGCAUUAUGUGGACUUCACUUGCAAGACUCGAUUUCACUAUGGAAACCAAACAAAGAAGAAGCUACAACAAAUCAGAAACUAGCAGCUUGCAGCUUGAAACACCUAAAUUCAAACAAAAUACUGACCAAUACUGGAGUAUCAGAGACAAAACCAACAGAGACGAAGAUCAAAGAGCUCACAAAAACAGCAAAAACCACUUUGAUGUCCCAAGUCGUUGUUUACUGUCUGAACAAGAAUAUGCUACAACAGCUGACCAAGGACGAUUGAAACAAACCAGUUAUCAGAUGUUUGACACUCAGAUGAAACUCAGCCAACUUCGUGUUGACUUUCUUGAAAAAGAAGACCAAAAAAAGAGGAAGCAAAGAGAAGGAGGCAUUAUGUGGACUUCACUUGCAAGACUCUAUUUCACUAUGGAAACCAAACAAAGAAGAAGCUACAACAGAUCAGAAACUAGCAGCUUGCAGCUUGAAACACCUAAAUUCGAACAAAAUACUGACCAAUACUGGAGUAUCAGAGACAAAACCAACAGAGACGAAGAUCAAAGAGCUCACAAAAACAGCAAAAACCACUUUGAUAUCCCAAGUCGUUGUUUACUGUCUGAACAAGAAUAUGCUACAACAGCUGACCAAGGACGAUUGAAACAAACCAGUUAUCAGAUGUUUGACACUCAGAUGAAACUCAGCCAACUUCGUGUUGACUUUCUUGAAAAAGAAGACCAAAAGUGGAGUCAGAAAGUGCAAGAGCAAAUGAUGGAACUGCUAGAAAUAUGGACCAGACGAUACGGAUGCCGUGAAGCAAUCAGCAAGAUAAGAUUGCAGCUGCAACAGUUUGAGGUACAAGACGACUUUUUGCCAUGGCUCAAGCUUUCUACAAGUCACAAGCCAAGCAGUUUUAACUAAGCUAUACAUGCAUCCACGUAGGCUGCUCUAAAAAGGGUUGGACUAAGUACCAGGAAUCAUUAUCACGUCAUUACAAGGUCAGCACCUAUGUACUGACGGUCUACACCCGGUCUGCGUGGAUAUAAACCUUUCCAAUGGCAUGUAAACUGCGUGAAUCGUUAGAUUAGUAUCGUAAAUACGUUUGUACACACAUUUUCCAAGUAGUCUCGUGGUCUAGUCUAAAUCAUUGUUUUCUUGAGCAAAAAAGCUUUCAUAU